ACAAAGUCUUUUGAUUUCUUGAAUUACUUUAUUGGGAGAACUUAUUUUUUUUCCAAAAAUCCUUAAAAUUGGCGUCAUUUUAUUAAUUUCACCAUAUAAAAAUGAUGGAAAAUGGUACAAAUCACUAAAUAGGAGACAUAUUUCAAGCCCUAUAAAAUAUGUAAAAUCAAGACCCCCUGCCUCAUAAAGUGGCGCCCCCCGUAACCGCAAUUCCUGGAUCCGCCCCUGUGUCUUGUUAAGUAAUUUACAUCAGAUCAGUUGAACUUAGUAUUAACCUAUAUGACAGAGUAGGAUUGGUGGAUUUUUAAGAUUCAGUGAUAAUGUAGUGCACAAAUGUCUACUUAAGUUGAAAUGAUGUACACCAGUUCACAGUGUUAAUGACGGAGAAGAUGUCAGCUCUUGAUAUAACCAGGAAAUAACUACACUUGACUAGAAGCUCAUAUCAGACGACAAUGGCGUGGUUGGGAGUAUUUAUACUCUGUGUGAUGUAUAGCCGGGGGACGGAGGCCUGUCCUGACAAUUGUUACUGUGAACCUUCGUCUUCCUGUACUGGGACUUAUGUAAACUGUAUCAACAGAGGACUGACCAGAGUACCGACCAACAUCCCCAAUGACACCUGUAGGCUAGACUUGCAGUCUAAUGAUAUAACAAUGGUAGAAAAGGGAAGUUUUGAGGGACUGGUGAAGUUACAAACACUAUCGUUGCACAGUAAUAAGAUAACAAAGGUAGAAAAUGGAACUUUUCAGGGACUGGCGAACUUACAAGAACUAUCGUUGCACAGUAAUAAGAUAACAAAGGUAGAAAAUGGAACUUUUCAGGGACUAGCGAAGUUACAAUACCUAUACUUGAGCCGUAAUGAGAUCACAAAGGUAGAAAAUGGAACUUUUCAGGGACUGGCGAACUUACAAACACUAUACUUGCAGAGUAAUAAGAUAACAAAGGUAGAAAAUGGAACUUUUCAGGGACUGGCGAACUUACAAACACUAUGGUUGGACAGUAAUAAGAUAACAAAGGUAGAAAAUGGAACUUUUCAGGGACUAGCGAAGUUACAAUACCUAUCGUUGAACAGUAAUAAGAUAACAAAGGUAGAAAAUGGAACUUUUCAGGGACUAGCGAAGUUACAAUACCUAUCGUUGAGCCGUAAUGAGAUCACAAAGGUAGAAAAUGGAACUUUUCAGGGACUGGCGAACUUACAAACACUAGAUCUGGAAAAGAAUACGCUACGGAACGUAAACGAAGAUCUGAUAAACGGAUUACCAAAUUUGGAACGUAUUGCCUUGGAUUAUAACCCUCUUCACUGCGACUGUCAAUUAGUCGCAUUUGUCACUCUUGCCAGAACAAGGAGUUUGACAUUAAAGUAUUCAAGUGAACCCAGCUGUAGCACACCCAGUAAACUGAAUGGAAGACUGGUGAAGAACCUGCCACUGCAGGAAAUGGCCAUGAAUUGUAGUUUGGACUCCACAACAGUCACUCUUAUUGGCACUUCCAAUCCCACCACAAGCACUUCCGCUUCCACCACAGGCACUUCCGCUUCCACCACAAGCACUUCCGAUCCCACCACAAGCACUUCCGCUUCCGCCACAGGCACUUCCGAUGUACAAUAUCCUGUUAAAGAAUUUACAGAAGCAGGAAUUCCUUGUGAUGGUAUGCAUUAACACAUUUAUUUGGAACAUCAUUUCCAAAUUAUAUAAAGUUUUUCUAAUUACAAGAAGCAGCUGAGAUCUAGCAUCAGUCUGAUUUCCUGAAAGUGUAUGUUCUCUGCAUGGUUGAGUAUGUUAAGCAAAUAUUGAGAUAUCAAAUUAACGAGCAUACAUAACCUCAUUGCAUUUUGCUACAAUAAUACCUACAAAUUCAUAGGCACUAAAAAUACAUAAAUCAAGAAAAUACACUUCAUAUUUCAUAACGUAGUUAAACUUUUCCAUUUGUAAAAAAUUGUCGGCGCUAUCAUUUUCCUUCUGAACUGGCCGUAAGCAGAGACAGGUUAAUUAAAGACGAAGUCUGCACAUAAUGUACGUACUGAACGUUAGAAUUUUCCGUCGGUAUCUACUUUCUCUAUUCGGUGCAUUGUCGCGUUUAUUACAAGAAGACUAGCAAAUGGAACAACGUUAAAUAUGGUUUGAUAAACAUGCGAGAUCCAUUGAUGUAUUGUUUCCUGCAAAUUAAAAUUUUGACAUUCGUGCAUCUGCUUUCAAGCCAGGUAAGUAUACCCUCAAUGUAUCAUGUUAUACUGUAAGUAAAGAGGAGGGGCAUAACUUUAAUAUCAUUCAUUCAAAGGUUUACGCGCAUGUCGGUCUGUGUCUCCAGAAUAUAGAGCUCCAUCACCCCGCGUCACUUUUUCUCGGUUUACCAUACACACGGUAAGUUUAUUUUCAUUUUACUUCGUUUAACUUUUCCCCAUUUUUUUUUAUAACGUACAGGCAUGACACCAUUGGAAUAACGAUGUACAGGAUGCUAUGAUGAUAUAUACACGUGUAUACCGGUAUAUGCAAAUUUUUCCGGUGGAUGCCAUGGAUCCACGUGUUAAACAUGUCUCCAUGGAUCUUUACAAACACUGAUAUGGAUAGCCAUUUCAGCAUCCUUCCUAAUGUCUGUUGAUGAUUUCACUGCUUGAUAUUGAGUUAGACAGUUUUAAAGAAAUUAGUUAACCACCUCAUUCCAUAACGAUGCCUAAGUGUAGAUAUCCAAUGUUCAACUAAAAUUGGAUUUAUGCCAGACACUUCUCCUCUCCUGGUAAGGUCAACGUCUAAGUUAUCGUUCCUCACAUUUCCUCCUGUACACGUGAAGUGUUUGGUGCCAUGACUAGUAUUGCGCAAAGUGGAAACAGCAGACCAGAUACCAUAGCUGAUCUUUUUUCAAAAUAUGAAGACUAGAUCAAAGAACAUAUGGACGAAGAUGACCACUUCUUAAGGGAUCAUCAUCCAUGAUAGAGACGGGACGGUAUUGGUGUUACGUUUGAAGUGUCUCGACCACUCAAAGGAACACUGACCCUACAGUCUGGAAUUGUUGGACUACUUUGUGACCCCUCCUUGGAUAUGAUAUGUAGUAAACUCCUUCAGGAUCUCUUCUGGCCAUUCGGAAUUCAGAGAGCACGCCAUGAACUUUGUCAGGACCUGUGUGUGAUUAUUCACCUGGCGAAAUAUUCUAUGAUUGAAAUUUCGACCUUGUCAUACAAGGUCGACCCUCUGGUGGGGUAAUCAGGACAUCUCCGGUUUGUCCGGGCAUGGGAUGUAAUAGGCACGUCCUAUGUUAGACCAACGGCCCUAUCCAGCGUUAGGUGUCGCCCUCUGGACUCCUGUUCACUCUUGGACCGGCCUGUCACAACGGAAACCUUCAAUCUGUCGUCAACUUUUAUUCACCCACUAUAGACGUUGUGUUUGGAUUUCGAAAUACCACUCACAGUGCGAAAAUAUAAACGUUGUAUUCCCAGUCGACUGAGAAAGAAAUGAAAUACCCAUGAUGACUUAAAAAUCGUGAUUAUCUAUCUUGUUUAUAUUCUAUUGCUUAAAUUAGUCGCCAUACUUGUCAUAGUUGAUGCACCUCUGCAUUAAUUUAUCCAGAUUUAAAAUUAGAUUCUUAUGGACAUUGGCUACAUGUCCAUAAUUAUAUGCUUGAUACAUGCAAACGUCAACCAUAAAGUGUCUGCCUGUAAAUGCCUAAAUACAAUCUGUUUUAUUGUUUGUUUACUUACUUACAUAUAUUAUAAAGCAGGAAGUUUG